AUGCCGCGCGAGAACAGCUUCAGCGACUCCGACGGCCGCUCCCUCACCCCCGACCUCGAAGAAGGCCUCGCGACCUCUCCAACAUACGCCGGCCCCCCUGCUACCCGUCGCAGUAACGACAAUACCAAUGCAUCUGCAGAGAACAGGUAUCCACAGCACCACCCGCUCAAACACAGCUACACAUCCCCUACCCCCGCCCCACUCACCACCCCACAACAACAGCAACAGCAACAGCAGCAGCCCAUCUUCCUCACCCCCACUGUCCGUUUCCGCUCCGCCGUCCGCAAGGUCAUUGCCAUGCGCUCCAUGUCCUCCCUCCUCGCGCGACGCGGCGUCGGCGCGGAGCCAGGCGCAGACCCGCGCUCGGCCGCCGCGUUCCUCAAGUACGGCCACAUCCGCCAGCGGUGCACUAUCGAGGUGAACGACUACUCGACGACGCGGGUGGGCUCCGCGCGGAUGGACAAUAGCGAGUUCCUCAAGUUCCUCGGGGAGGAGGGCGAGCGCGGGGCGAGCGGGGCACGGGAGCCGUGGGUGCGGGUGCGGUGGAUCGACGUCGGGGGCAUCAGCUGGGACGUCAUCAGCGCGCUUGCGCUCAAGUACGACCUGCACCCGCUCGCGGUCGAGGACGUCCUCCACCAGCGCGGCCACCCGCGUUCCAAGGCCGACUACUACCCGCAACACCUCUUCGUCCGCAUCCUCGUCCACACCCUUGCCUCCUCCGCAUCCUCGUCCUUCUUCUCAGACGACCGUACCCCCGAGGACACCUCUCCCGCGGACAUGUUCGCCAGUAUGCCGCGCUCAGAAUCCCCGGCACAGAUGGACGACGAGGAAGAGGCCGACCUCAAGCGCCGCAUGAGCGCCAGCGCCCCCGUCAACGACGAUUCCGACGAAGCAGACGAGCGGACAGUGUUCGAGAGCGCCCGCGCGUCCGUGUUUUCCACCCUGCGCCGCUCCCCGAAGGCGAGGCGGAGGAAGGAGAAGAUGUCCGGCAUUGGCCUCCCCUGGAGUCGUCCGAGGGCGCAUGACGCCGAGGGCUCCCCGCGCGCACCCGGGCAGUGGCCUUUCGCGGCGAUGGCACCCGCCGCGAUACGGAUAGGGGAGAGCAGCAAGAAGGCGCGGUACCAGAAGCUGGUGGGAGAGCUGAAGAAGGGCGACCGGGUGGACGUGCAGAUCCACCCGAUGUGCGUGUUCUUGCUCCGGGACGGGACGGUCGUGUCGAUUCACAACGACACGACGCUGGCGCUGACUGCGCCGAUUGCAGAGCGGCUGAGGCAGCGGGACACGGUGUUGCGGACGAGCGCGGACCCAGCGUUGCUCGUCCAGUCGCUGCUCGACCUCGUCGUCGACCAGGCGCUGGAGGUCGUCGAGGAGUACCAAGGCCGGAUCCUCGAGAUCGAGGAGCAGGUCCUGCUCAAGCCGAGCAUGAAGACCGUCCGCAGACUGCAUAUACUCCAGGGCGACCUCGUGCUGCAUAAACGAACGCUCGAGCCGGUCAAGACGCUCAUAUACGGGCUCAGGCGGUACGACGCGGACCGCGCGCUCGCGCUGCGGGACCCGGACGACGGGGAUGACAAGACGCAGUUGGGGGGGUACAUGAGCCAUAAGGCGAAGAUCUACUUGGCUGAUGUGUACGACCAUAUGGAGUACAUUCUGGCGAGCUUGGAUAUGGUCGCGGGCAUUACGGAGAACCUGAUGAAUUACACGUUCAACAUGGCGUCAUACGAGAUGAACGAAGUAAUGCGCCGUCUGACCACGGUGACGAUCAUUUGCCUCCCGCUCACGCUCCUCACCGGGUACUUCGGCAUGAACUUCACCCCUAUGUGGUCCGUGAACCACAACAGCGACCUCCUGUUCUGGGAGAUCGCAAUCCCGGUCAUACUCAUCGUCGUCCCGCUCUUCAUGUGGGGAGAUAUACGACGGAUGAGGCAUUACUUGGAUAAGAGCUGGAGGCGGAGGAGGAUAAACAAGGUUUGUCUCUUGCUUCCACCUGCUGAUGGGGCGUUGUGCUGA